AUGCGAUACUCCCCAAUCCACCUCCAGCUUCCCAAAACUCUCCUCGAGAUCCUCAAUAUCCGCCCCGACGACCCCAUCCUCCGCUGCUUCCCGGACAACAACCUCGACACACUUCACGACCACCUUCUCGGCGAUCCCGACGGCGCAAUCAAGCUAGCUGACUCAAAGCUCCGCGUAUUCCCCUUCAAAGAUGUCGAUAUCUGCUGGCGCCGCUACUACACCGACGCAUGCAUCUUGAAAGCAUGUCUGACGAUCGCCGAAAACUGCGGGUUUCCGCGCCGCGAACACAACGGACACCCAAUUCUCCCUCCUUCUCCUCCACAUCCUGGUUCCACGGCUCUUACGCGCAGGCAAAAUAUACUGAGGAUUAUUGACGAUUCCCGCUCUAACAAGGAACUGAUUGAGGUGGACCCGGAUGCAGGAUGGCUCACGCCUACGAUACACAUGCUCGACAAGGCAUUAAUAAUGACCGGAGCACCACUGAGGGAAGCAUUAGUCCUAGCGGUGAUAAAUGCGCUGCAGGGUGCGUGUCCGACGACCAAGCGGAACAACUUGACUAAAUUCGAAUUCCCCGAUGAAUUGGAUCCCGACGAACUCGCCACUCCGCUCUUCUCUGACGAUGCUGCGCCGACGCCUGAGAUCUGUUUCCCUAUACCCCGAGUAUCGAAUCUACCGAUGUGGGGUACGUCGCCCUCGUCGCCGAAUUUCCGUGAUCAUGCGCGCCAGAAGAAAACACCGCUUGUCAUUACUGAUGCGGUGAACGAUUGGCCGGCUAUAGCGACGGGGUCGUGGGCGUCCAGGGAGUUCUGGAUGCAUCGCACUUUUGGCGGACGGAGACUUGUCCCUGUGGAGAUUGGGAAAUCGUAUACGGAUGAGGACUGGGGACAGCGGUUAAUGCCCUUUAAGGACUUCGUGGAGAAGUAUCUCGAUCGGGAUAGACACAGCGAUGAUGCAGGUCCGACGGGGUACUUGGCGCAGCAUGAUCUGUUUUCUCACAUGCCGACCUUGUUCAAGGAUUUCAUGCACCCGGAUUACAUUCACAUCGACGCACCCAAAGCGGAACCCGGCACCCCAGCCUACAUCCGACAGCAGAGAGAAGAAGAGGAACGGAGACGGAAAUUAGGAGAAGAGGUCAUCCCAGUCCAAGAGAAAGAACAAGAAUCCAGAUCCGAAGCCGACUCCGACUCAUUAUCCUCGCACGAACCCGACGACGAUGGCCCGCACCUCAACAUCUGGAUGGGUCCCUCAUGGACGAUAUCCCCCCUCCACUUCGACACAUACCACAACAUCUACGUGCAAGUAGUAGGCGAAAAAUACUUCCGACUAUAUUCCCCUCACACACCACUCUCGCAGAUCCAUCCGAAGGGAAAAGAACCUGUCGUUAGACGACGGCCCGAGGAUGGGCAAGGUCCCCAACAGUACACUCAUGAUCAGCACUCCCACGAGCAAGAAGAACCUGACCUUGUGGAUAUGUCCAAUACCUCGCAGGUUGAUCUCGCUGCUAUUGAAAUGUCCCCUGCUGAGGCGGACUAUUGGGAGGAGCUGUGGCCUGGGUUCAUGGAUGCGGAGUAUGUCGAGACCGUGCUGAAGCCGGGAGAUAUGUUGUAUAUUCCCAUUGGGUGGUGGCAUUAUGUCAGGAGUUUGAAGGGUGGGAUUGGGGUUAGUUUUUGGUGGGAUGGGUGUUAG